GGGCCAGCCCAGCCACACACACCAUCAUCCUGAUUCCUGAACUCCCGAGCUCGGCUCCUACUAUCCUCCCCGCCUUACCUUGCCGGCGUCGCCUGCUCCUUCCACCCCGCCGCCCUCAUGCUAAUCCCAGCGCGCCGUCUCGCUUCUUCUGCUACCAUCCCAGCCGUCUACCCACACAUCUGCCCUGCGCCGCGCUCCCUCGGACUCCGGCGACAGCAUGGUCGAGGGGUGCCGGCGAGGAGGACGUCAGCCACACCCGUGGUGCGCUGCUCGGGUUCCCUGCCUGUAGCCAAUCCCGCGACGGUGUCAGGUACAGAUAGUUCACACGAGUGGAGCGGGGACACGAUACGCCGGCGUUUCCUUGAUUUUUAUGCUGCCCGUGGCCACAAGAUCCUGCCGAGCUCGUCCCUCGUGCCCGAUGACCCGACUGUGUUCCUCACCAUUGCUGGCAUGCUUCAGUUCAAGCCGAUAUUUCUCGGAAAGGAACCUAGGCGUGUACCAUGUGCCACUACCUCCCAGAAAUGCAUAAGAACAAAUGACAUUGAGAAUGUGGGGCGAACAUCCCGGCAUCAAACCUUCUUUGAGAUGCUUGGGAACUUCAGUUUUGGCGAUUACUUCAAGAAGGAUGCAAUCAAAUGGGCAUGGGAGCUGACUACCAAGGAGUAUGGAUUGCCCCCAGAAAGACUGUGGAUUAGUGUAUUUGAAGAUGACGAUGAGGCAUUUUCCAUUUGGCUCAGUGAGGUUGGUGUACCAAAGGAACGUAUAAAACGGAUGGGCAAGGAUGAUAACUUUUGGACUAGCGGUGCUACUGGACCUUGUGGGCCCUGCUCUGAAAUGUAUUAUGAUUUCCAUCCGGAGAGAGGAUCAUUGAACGCGGAUUUGAAUGAUGAUAGUCGAUUCAUUGAAUUCUAUAAUCUUGUCUUCAUGCAAUACAACAAAAACGAUGAUGGAUCUCUAGAACCAUUGAAACAAAAGAACAUUGAUACAGGCAUGGGGCUUGAGCGUAUGGCACGCAUUCUUCAAAAUGUACCAAACAAUUACGAGACAGACUUGAUUUUCCCAAUUAUAGAAAAGGCAGCAAGCAUGGCGCUGGUUUCCUACAGCACAGCUGAUGAUGCUAUGACGACAAAUCUUAAAAUAAUUGGUGAUCACAUGAGGGCGGUUGUUUAUCUCAUAUCAGAUGGGGUUAUCCUCUCAAAUAUUGGGAGAGGAUAUGUUGUUCGAAGGCUUAUAAGAAGGGUAGUCCGGACUGGUAGAUUGAUAGGUAUGAGAGGUGAUGGGCAUGAAAACUCUGAUGAUACAUUUUUACCCUCACUAGCUGAGACAGUAAUUAGCCUUAGCAGUGAGAUAGAUCCAGAUGUUAAAUCAAGGCGGAAAUCUAUUCUUGGAGAACUUCAGAGGGAAGAGCUGCGAUUUGUACAGACUCUGGGAAGAGGUGAAAAGUUAUUAGAUGAACUUUUAGAUGAGGCAUUAGUAAGUGCUGCUGAUAACGGAGAUAAGCCAUGCCUAUCUGGGAAAAAUGUUUUCCUUUUAUAUGAUACAUAUGGCUUCCCUGUAGAGAUUACAGCUGAAAUAGCGAGCGAACGGGGUGUUAGUGUUGAUAUGAAGGGGUUUGAUGUUGAAAUGGAAAACCAAAGAAAACAAUCUCAGGCAGCUCAUAAUGUUAUCAAACUUUCUGUAGGAAAUGAGAAUGAGAUUGUCAAAAGUAUCCCUGAUACAGAGUUCUUGGGAUAUGAAUCUCUUUUCGCAACUGCUGUUGUUAAAGGUCUUUUAAUUAAUGGAAACCCAGUAGAAAAUGUUUCAGAAGGUUCUGAUGUGGAAAUACUAUUAGACCGAACACCAUUCUAUGCUGAAUCGGGCGGUCAAAUUGGAGAUAAUGGUUUCCUGUAUGCUUAUGAAGAGGAAGGUGGAGAACAAAAUGCAGUAAUAGAAAUCAAAGACGUCCAAAAAUCCCUGGGAAAUAUCUUUGUUCACAAAGCCACUAUUAAACAGGGUUCAGUCGAGGUUGGAAAGAAAAUUGAUGCUGCAGUUGAUGGAAAACUGAGGCAGGGAGCCAAGGUUCAUCAUACUGCUACACAUCUACUACAGUCAGCUCUUAAAAGUGUCAUUGGUUCAGAGACAUCACAGGCGGGAUCCCUUGUGGCUUUUGACCGUCUCAGAUUUGACUUUAGUUUCCACCGGCCUCUUUCAGAAGAGGAACUACUGGAAAUUGAAUCACUGGUGAACCAGUGGAUUAGCAAUGCAACACAUCUUGAGACAAAUGUGAUGGCUCUGCAAGAUGCAAAAAAUGCUGGUGCCACUGCUAUGUUUGGAGAAAAAUAUGGCGAACAGGUCAGAGUCGUAGAGGUCCCUGGGGUGUCGAUGGAACUGUGUGGUGGAACUCAUGUCAAUAAUACAGCUGAGAUUCGUGGAUUCAGGAUAAUCUCAGAACAGGGAAUAGCUUCCGGAAUCAGAAGGAUUGAGGCAGUUGCAGGUGAUGCAUUUGUUGAGUAUGUUUGUUCUCGUGACAACUAUAUGCGGCACUUAUGCUCGUCACUUAAGGUUAAAGCAGAAGAUGUCAACAGUAGAGUAGAGACAGUUCUUGAAGAACUAAGAACAACCAGAAAUGAAGUAUCAUCUCUACGCAGUAAAAUUGCAGUGCUGAAAGCAGCAACUCUUGCAAGUAAAGCUGCAAUAAUUGAACCUCAGAAUGUCUGGAUCUUAGUUGAAAACAUGGGUGAUGUGGAUGCUGAUGGGCUGAAAAGCGCCGCGGAGCAUCUCGUGGGAGCCCUGCAAGACCCUGCCGCGGUGAUUUUAGGUUCAUGUCCAGGAGAAGGUAAGGUCAGCCUGGUCGCCGCCUUCAGUCCUGGAGUCGUAAAAAUGGGAAUUCAGGCAGGCAAGUUCGUGGGUGGAAUAGCCAAACUUUGUGGUGGAGGUGGUGGCGGCAAACCGAACUUUGCCCAGGCUGGUGGUCGGAAGCCAGAGAACUUACCGGAUGCCCUUGAGAAGGCUAGAGCUGAGAUUGUUUCUUCAAUAUCUUCAAAAUCCAGCUGAUCUUCCACUCCAUACUUGGUAGAACCAUUUACAUACAUAGGAAAUAGAGCAUAUCAUCACAAGAAAAUGUAAUUUGUUCCCCUUUUCCUGGGUCUAUUCGUUUCCUUUGGUCACCAAGAGUCCAAGGCAGAUACAUUUUUGGAUCUUUAUUUGAUUGCUUCUGAGUUAUGUACGUACCAUGGAAAGUGAAGGUUCAUUUUAAUCA